AUGGUGUUGCACGGAACUUUGCAACCCUGGGGUACCACUUUUUCUGAGCACAUCAAAGCACAUGCUGGUCAACACAACGCAGUCACGACGAUGCUGCAAACUUGCUUUGCCUUCGAGAUUCAAUCUGACAAGCUGGACUCUGCACUGCGCCUCUUUUGCCGUUUCUUCGUUUCUCCACAAUUUUGUCGAUCCCUUCAGCAUCAGGAGCUGCAGGCCAUAGAUUCGGAACACAGCAUGAAUGCUCAAAGUGACUUUCGCCGGCAGUGGGCAGUCUUGCUGCAAGAUGCAAAUCCUCGGCAUCCGUAUCACUGGGCAUCAGGCUGCAGCAAGUCCUUAUUGCAUGGAGCGGCAGCUGCAAAGUGUGACCUACAUGAAGCCAUGGAAAAGUUUCACGAAUCAACAUAUAAAGCCAGCCGCAUGACUUUGGCAGUCGUGGGCCCGCAGCCCACGGAGAAGCUUGAAGCUUUGGUGCGAGCGUGCUUCACUUCCGUGCCUUCAGAGCCUCAGGGUCGGACGGAGCGCUCUACGCUGAUCGGCGAUCAGGUAAGCCGCGAGCCUGCGUUUCUAUCCGAAGACUUUUGUGGCCAGGUCUUCGUCUCCCCACUGAAGGACCUGCAGCAGCUGAAGCUCUCUUGGAGUUUGCCAUGGCAGAUUAGUCGCUGGAGGUCCAAGCCCAGUGCCUAUGCGACGUACUUGCUGGGCCAGGAAGGGCCAGGCAGCCUUUUAGCAGCGUUGAAAGCAAGAAACUUGGCACAGCACCUGUCCAUCGCAUGCUACGACUAUCACGGUGCGGUCUCGACGCUCGAGUUGUCAGUGGAUUUGACAGACACCAAUGACCAGACGGUUUUGGAAGUCGGCGAGCUUGUGUUUGCAUUCAUCUCAAUGAUCCGCUCGCUCGGCAUCCAGGGAUGGGUCUUGAAGGAGUACACUCAUCUGCAGAAGUUGAACUACAACUUCCAGUUUGAUACGGCUACGUACAAUCUUGUACAGGACUUGGCCUGCAAUCUGCACUAUUAUCCAGUUGAAGAGGUAUUGGCAGCUGACAGCCUGCUGUAUGAUCAGGAUGCAAGCGCGUCGAUGGACAUUCUGAACCUCAUGACGGUCGACAAUGCUCGUCUCUCUUUGCUAUCCAAGUCUCUUGAAUCUAUCUGCGCUUCUUGCGAGCCCUGGUACGAAGCGAAGUUCAUGAAGUUUCAAAGCAUAAAGGGGACUUGGAAGGCCAGGUGGCAGGAGCUCGAGUCGGGGUCUUGGCGCUCGAUCGUGGAGAAAUCGGGUCUCGGGUUUCCACAUCGCAACAGCUUCCUGCCGGCAGACUUUGCGCUGCGAUCCCCUCCACCUCUUGCGGCUGCACGUGAGAUGGAGGUUCCGCAGGACUGGUGCCGUGCAUGGCUGCAUCCCACCAGUGCCAACCAUCAGCCCAAGGUUGCGGCGUCGUUUUGCUUUCGCUCCUUUGAGCUUUCCACACCUGAAAACAUUGCCUUGGCCCACAUUCUCUGCAAGUGCGUGGAACAGUCCUUCAGAGCAGAAGCGUUUGAGGCUAGGAUGGCUGGCGCGAUGUACAAGCUCGACGUGGUGGACCACUGCUUUUUGCUGCAGUUCCUGGGCUUCCGAGACAAGAUGCACCUUUUGGCCGGAGCAGCAGCCAGCUCACUGUUUGUCGCCAUGAGAGCGAUCCCUCGUGACUGUUUCUUGCAAGCGAAGAUGCAGCAGGAGCGGAUUUUCAAGAAUGCAUCGAGUGGCCAGGCAUACAGCCAGGCCUUAGCAGCUCUUGAAGACCUUCUGCUGCAGCGCCCAUCCGCGUCUGAUUUGCUGAAGGCGACUCAGCAGCUGCACCAAGAAAGCGCCGGGUCUCUUCCAGAUAAGUUCUUCGGGCCCAGCGCUUGCCUGGUGGAAGCCUUGAUCAUCGGCAACGUGAACGAAGCAGAUGCAAGGCAACUGCUCGAGGCUGUGAUUGGCCCAAUGGCAAAGCUGAGGAAGUUUAACCCAGGCCAGGGGCCCGUUGAGGUGCCUGCAAAGGCGGAGCUCUUGAUACCAAGAUCCCUUGGGCGAACUAUCUUGAAGAUCGACGGACAAGCCGCCCAGGACACCAACAACUGUGCAGUGGAAUGCUUGUGUAAUAUUGCCGCCGCCACGCCUGAGCAUGAAGCCCUCGCAGCUGUCUUGGUGUCCAUUUGGAAGCCGUUGUUCUUCAACGAGCUGCGAACCCAGCAGCAACUUGGUUAUGUCGUCUCUUGCUUCAUGCGGAUCCGCGUAACGCACGUCUCCCUGAUCUUCGUGGUGCAGACAGACAGGCUACCAGAAGUUGCUUUGAAGAGCAUUGACAAGUUCUUCAGCCACGCCUUUACUCACAUCAUCUGCACAGUCACUGAGCGCCAGUUCCGGGAGCAGUGCGAAGGCAUCGCUCGGCAGUUGGAGGAGUCUCCUCGCAACCUUUGGGAUGCGAUGAGCCGCGACUGGCUUCCCAUUGAAGAAAGGACCUUCUCCUUCGAUGCCUGCCUGCGGCAGGUGGCGAUGUUGCGCGCCUGCACCCUGAACCAGCUGCGGGCCUUCGUGAAACAGGAGGUCCAGCCGUCGCCUCGAUUGGCGGUCCUACUCCGCAGCCCGAAAGCGGCGUGGCAGCGAGCCAGUCAUGACUGGGGCGAUGCAAGAGUUUUAACAAAGUGGGGGCUGUCAAGCUUCAAAGCAGGACUGCAGCCAAGCUUUGCAAACAAAGUCUUUGGCAAAGCUGGUCAAGCUGCAAGCUCUUCUGAAGGGAAAGCUCCAGUGGCUGAUGCCAUAACCAUCGACGAAGACGAGGAAUGCAGAGUGCAAUGA